AGUAUAUUAACAAUCAAUAUUUUCAGUAAUUUUUUUUUUUCUUUCUGCAGGAAUCAUUUUGCUAACAGAGUCAUAUGGCUCAGGAAUCAGCUGCCUUUUCUAAUUUAUACCACGGUCAAAGUAAGUAAGGACUUUCCAAGAGAGAGCGAUUCCCAUGUUUGGACAAGUUCUAAAUCUUGCACCAGUGGAGUCUCUCCACAUUCCUCUUUGACAGUUUUUAUGGGGAAUUUAGCCCCAUCCCUUCCUAUUGUUGCAGGAUUUCCGAGUAGCGGGUUUGGCAGGUGCCGCGGCCGGGCCGGCCCUCAGGGAGAAGGCAGCGGGCGCGGAGCGGGCCCGCCGCCCUCCAUUUCGCGCCGGCGGGAGCCCUCGGUCCCGGAGCGGGGAGGGAAUAAGGGAACGCGGGUAGAACCUCUCAGCCCAGGGCGGGAGGUGACGCCGGCCGGCCCCGCACACUGCGGAGGGAGGCACGGGCGGCCAUCGCCGCUUCCCGCCGGUUCGGCUGAGGCGGUUUCUCCGUGCGGCUCCGCCAGGGCCGCCAUUUUACACGGUGUUGGCGGCGGGAGGCGCUGUCGGUGAGGUGGGAGCGGCGCUCGCAGGUUUUGCUUCCCCAGUGGAGGGAGAGGGAGCCUGGCUCUGAGGGGCUCGCAGGGCCCGGGUAGGAGUGCAAAACAAAUCUGUUAAGAACAUUAAGAAGCUGGGCCUGUACUCCAGUUAUCCAGGUUCAGUUCUAGUAAUUUCAGUUUUACAGUUGCUUGUGCUGCCCUUUGCAGAUUAAGAGACCUCACAUUUGAUCUAAAAAUGUUCAACUCUGCAGACAUGGUCUUUCCGUUGGAAAAUUUAUUUUAUGAAAGACCAGAUAUGAGACAAAGGCAUCUAGAAAAUGAAGAGCCUGAGACUUGGUUUAUUGCACCUGCUCCAGCUAUUGCUGAAAUUCCAGCUGCAGAGGAGUUACAGAGGGAACUGGAAAAAGACUCAGCCAACACUCAUAUGGGAGGGAGAAAGCCCCAGAAGUUUAUACAACAAUGUAAGAGUAACACUGAAAAAGUAGAAGAUAAAUCAUCAGCACCUGUUCCUUUUGGCAUAGCGUCUGAGAAAGAAGUGCUACAAUUAAGUCUAGGAGACAGAGAGAAAACUAGUUUUCAGCAUGAAAGUCUGAAAAUAGUUUCAUCAUUUCUCUCUUCUGAUGAAGAUAAAUCUAAAAGAGGAGUAGAGUUUUCUCAGCAACCUGGUGCAAGUUUUUCACAAAAUAAAGCUUUAAGUAAUUUUCCAGAAAACAGUGAUGAUGAUGAUGAUGAUGAGAGUGUCCAUUCAAUGUUAAGAAAAAGCUUAUUUAAAAAGUCUGGUUAUACGUACAAAAAUGCAGAAUUUCAAGCUAGUUCAAUUGAUGGGAAAGAAGUUGAUACUUGCUUGAAUACAAAGGAAAACAUGAAAGAAGUGAGAAAAGAAGGUUUAUGGAAAAAUAAUCACCAUGCUCCAAUAAGUAAAGACUCAGAUUUUACUCUGCAUAGGGUAAAUAAUGAGAACAUUGUGUCUGAAAAUGGAAUUAAAUUUCAAUCAUUUUCUAAUGCUUCAGAGAUUCUGGAUAGGACAGGAACUACAGAAAGAAAACUGGAAAUUUUGAGACCUGUCACAGAAAUACCAACCCAAUUUAGAAGUAUUUUUAAGGAGUUCCCAUAUUUUAACUAUGCACAGUCUAAAGCUUUGGAUGAUCUCUUAUAUACAGAUAGGAACUUUGUGAUUUGUGCUCCGACUGGCUCUGGAAAAACUGUUAUGUUUGAGCUAGCUAUCACCAGAUUACUCAUGGAAGCCCCACUGCCUUGGUUAAAUAUUAAAGUUGUUUACAUGGCUCCAAUAAAAGCUCUAUGCAGUCAGCGUUUUGAGGAUUGGAAAGAAAAAUUUGGACCUAUUGGACUAACCUGCAAGGAGCUGACAGGAGAUACACUGAUAGAUGAUUUAUUUGAAAUACAUCAUGCUGAUAUUAUUAUCACUACGCCUGAAAAAUGGGAUAGCAUGACCAGAAGAUGGAGAGACAACUCUAUAGUCCAGCUUGUACGACUGUUUCUCAUUGAUGAGGUUCACGUUAUAAAGGAUGAAAGCCGUGGCGCAACAUUAGAAGUUGUGGUCAGUCGGAUGAAGACUAUUCAGUCUUCUCUUUGGCGUCUGUUAGAGAAUCAUGACACUAUUCCUCCCUUGAGAUUUGUAGCUGUUUCUGCAACAAUACCAAACACUGAAGAUAUCGCAGAAUGGCUUUCAGAUAGUAAGAUGCCUGCUGUAUGUCUGAAAAUAGAAGAGGAUCAACGACCAGUGAAACUACGCAAAAUUGUUCUUGGUUUUCCUUGCAGUGACAAUCAGACAGAAUUCAAAUUUGACUUAGCUCUUAACUACAAGAUAGCUAGUGUUAUACAAACAUACUCGGAACAAAAACCAGCACUUGUGUUUUGCGCCACAAGAAAAGGAGUGCAGCAGGCUGCUUCUGUUCUUGCAAAAGAUGCUAAAUUUCUACUGAGUAUAGAACAGAAACAAAGAUUACAGAGGUUUGCAAAUUCAUUGAAAGACUCCAAACUGAGAGAUCUUUUAAUGUGUGGUGUGGCUUACCAUCAUGCGGGUAUGGAGAUCUCUGACAGAAAAAUAAUUGAAGGGGCUUUUACUGCAGGAGACUUGCCAGUACUUUUUACUACCAGCACAUUAGCUAUGGGAGUCAAUCUACCUGCACACCUGGUGGUUAUAAAAUCCACAAUGCACUAUGUUGGAGGAGUGUUUCAAGAGUACAGUGAAACUGAUAUUCUGCAAAUGAUUGGGAGAGCUGGAAGGCCUCAGUUUGACACUACAGCUACUGCAGUUAUUAUGACUCGUUGGAGCACAAAGGGGAGGUAUAUUCAGAUGUUAAAUGGUGCUGAUAUAAUAGAGAGCAGCUUGCACAGGCAUCUUGUUGAGCACUUAAAUGCAGAAAUAGUGCUACACACUGUCACAGAUGUCACUGUAGCUUUGGAGUGGAUACGAUCAACGUUCUUGUACAUUAGAGCCUUAAAAAAUCCAACUCAUUAUGGUUUUUCACCUGGAUUGGAUAAAAUUGGAAUUGAAGCAAAAUUACAAGAACUGUGUCUGAAGAACUUAAAUGAUUUAUCAUCUUUUGAUUUGAUCAGGAUGGAUGAAGCAAAUAAUUUCAAGCCAACAGAGACUGGAAGAUUAAUGGCGUGGUAUUAUAUUGCAUUUGAUACAGUGAAGCAAUUUUUCACAAUUAAGGGAACUGAGACUUUGAAUGAAUUGAUUACAAUGAUCUCCAGCUGCGCAGAAUUUCUGGAUGUCAAGUUAAGAACAAAUGAAAAGAAAAUAUUGAACACUUUGAAUAAAGACAAGGACAAAAUAACUAUCAGGUUUCCAAUGGAGGGGAAGAUAAAAACAAGAGAAAUGAAAGUAAACUGUCUCAUUCAGGCUCAGCUGGGAUGUAUUCCAGUUCAAGACUUUACUUUGACACAAGAUACUGGCAGAAUAUUUAGAAAUGGCUUACGAGUUACUAGAUGGUUAUCUGACUUUCUGGCAUCAUCUAAGAACAACUUCUCUGCUUUAUUAAACUGUUUGAUUUUAGCAAAGUGUUUCAGGUGCAGACUUUGGGAAAAUUCACUUCAUGUGUCUAAACAAUUGGAAAAAAUUGGUGUAUCACUGUCAAAUGCUAUGGUCAGUGCUGGACUGACGUCAUUUAAAAAAAUUGAAGACAUAAAUGCAAGGGAACUUGAAUUGAUUUUAAACCGACACCCUCCUUUUGGAAACCAGAUAAAAGAGUCUGUUUUGCACCUUCCAAAAUAUGAACUUGAUAUUGAACAGCUUCCAAAAUACAGUGAUACAUUGGCUGAAAUCUUAGUAACCGUCAGAUUAACAAACUAUGAGCAGCUACAGACAAAGAGAACAGCAACAGACUUUCACUAUGUUACACUGGUCAUAGGAGAUGCUGACAACCAAGUCAUUUUUAAUCAGAAAAUUACGGAUUCUGUGCUGCUGAAAAAUGGAAAUUGGACAAAGAAAAUUGAAGUGAAAAGAGCUCUAAAAUCAGAAGACAUUAGUAUAAAUUUAAUUAGUUCUGAUUAUGUUGGCUUUGAUAUACAGCAAACAUAUACAGCCUUUUACUUAAGAUCAAAACCAGAGGGACGUAAGGUGGCUACAAAUCGAAAAGUGAAAGCUGAGUCUACACUUGAUGUAUGUUGUGGCUCACUACAAAGUCUGCCAGCAACAAAAGUAGAUACAGGAGGCAGAUCUAAACAAGAGAUUGCUUACAAGAAAUAUGGAAACAGAGAAUGCAACCAUCGCUGUAAAAAUAAAGAUGUGUGUGGGCAUGACUGCUGUAAAACUGGAGUACCUCCAAAGUCGCAGAUGAAUGGUGAUACACAGUUUUCUGUAUACCUAGCUGACUUAAGGAGCAGGAACUCAAUUUCAUCUAUACCCCCAGUAAAGCGGCUGAAGAUGCAGAUGUUAAAUCAAGCUCAAAAUGUGGAUCUCAAACAAUUUGGUUUUACACCUAAAUCUCCAUUGCCAGCAUUGCCAAGAUCUAGCAAUAAACAGUUGUCUUUAUCACCUUCAGUGGACCAGGCAGAUAAUAUUAAUAGCUUAGGAGCAUCUCAGAAACAAACGCAACCCUGGAAUUAUGGAAAGAGUAAUGCUUUGAAUGUGGACUUUGAAAUGAGAGAUGAUAUUUGGGAUGAUAUUGAUGAUGACAAAUUAGUACUUGCUAGUAACUUCGUCAGUAGAGAAUUAGAUGAGUCUGAACCCCUUUGUCAGUAUACAAGAAGCAGAGCCACAAAUACCAUUUCACAAGAUUCAUGCACAGUACAUGAUGAGACCAAUACUCAGAACUUGGAUGUUUCUGUGGUUAGUAGCACAUCAAAAGGGAAUUUGUCUGUACAGAGUAGAAAUUUAAGUUCGUUCACUUUUCAAGAAGAAAAUCACUCAAAUGCUUCUCAAGAGCUGAAAAACAUACAGUGUUCUCCCAUCUCAAAGAUAAUCUCAGACUCUUCUAAAUUCACUAGAAAAGAGGAUUUUUUUAUUUUCACAAAAGAACAGGAAAAAGAAGUGGAUCCCAGAUAUGUUCUUGAUGAUGAAAUCAAUGAUGUCAAGCCCUUCCUUGGAAUAUUUGAUGGCAUUUUGUAAAACAUAAAAAGAAAUUACAUUGUAAGUGCUGAGGAAAAAGUUACAGUCAGUUUUACAGAGUGAAGCCUUCAGUUAAGAGAAUUUGAUUUCUGUUGUAUACCUAUUUACCAAUAGCUGGAUUGCUACACAGAGUAGAUAAUAAUAAAACUGGUGUCUAAUUUAUAGAAUUCUAAUGUAAUAUCUUAUUUUGAAAAGUACUUAAAUAUUUGUUUGUUGACCUUGCUGUUUUCAGGAUUAUAAAGAAAAAUAC